UUUUACGUCAUUAUCAGAGACAAGCAGAGACACUAAACGCAAAACAAUGUUUGGAAGCUUUGACUAACAGAGUGGCAGAAAAAGUCUGUCACCUUCUCAUCGUCCUUCCAUUUGUCACGAGUCACCACACUCUCUUACAGUCAAACAACUCUCACAUUCAAACCAGGUUCUCUCUCUCUCAAUCUCUCUCAUCCCCACGUUUCAUCUUCAACCAUUCUCCUUAACUAAAAAUCAGGACUCUUAAUUACCCCUCAAUUCUCACCAUCCAAAUUCCCAACAAUUUUCACUACAAUAGGAACCAAAUAACUCGUUCCUUCUUCUUCUAUAUACCUUCCUUUCUUAAUUAACCCACCUUCCUCCCCCCCCCUCCUUCCUCGUGCUUCGUUUAAUUUUCUUUUCCUUUCCUUUCCUUUCCUUUCCUUUAAUUCUCAUCCUCUCCGAUCCUCUGAUUGUAUAUGGCUUUGACGGUCAAUCAGCAACAUCAAUCAAACUUGAAGCAUUUCUGCAAGAUCUGUAAGAAAAGUUUCGGGUGUGGGAGAGCGCUGGGUGGUCACAUGAGGGCGCAUGGCAUCGGCGACGCGAGCUGGAACCUCGACGACGAUGAGGAUGCUGCGAGUGACUGGGAAGAAAAGCAAGGCGGCAGCGGGCCACCGAGCAUGAAACGCAUGUAUACUCUAAGAACAAACCCUAAUAGAUUGAAGAGUUGUAGGGUAUGUGAGAAUUGCGGUAAAGAGUUCUUGUCGUGGAAGUCCUUUCUUGAACAUGGAAAAUGCACCUCCGACGAUGUGGAGUCGUCCCCGGUUUCUUCGCCGAUGUCGGACGGUGAGUAUGAUGGCGAGGAUGUCGUGGGUGGCCAGAGGGGUUGCAGAUGGUCGAAACGUAAGAGAUCAUUCAGACCCAAAUUUGGUACCUUGAACUCUAUAUGUCCUUCAAGUGAAGAAGAAGACCUAGCAAACUGUCUCAUGAUGUUGUCCAACGCCAUUGUCGGUCCUCUCGCUGCCGCCACCGAUCCGGAGGAGUCCAGUGCCUCGGCGAGCCGAGACGAGGAAAGAAGGAACCCCAUAAACUUCAUCACCCCAGUAUCUUACUGUGUUCCUCCCGUGGAUAAUCAUAAAGCCAAAAGUGUGGUUCCUAAAGGCUUGUUUGAAUGCAAAGCAUGCAAGAAAAUCUUCAAUUCUCAUCAAGCGUUAGGUGGCCAUAGAGCCAGCCACAAGAAAGUUAAAGGCUGUUUUGCUUCGAGACUCGACCAUCUUGAAGAUAAAGACGAUGAUGUCAUAACCCAUGAAGAGUUUCUUCCUAUAAAAUCAAACUCGACCGUUCAUGAUCAUCCUUCCAAUAAUAAUGCCACAUUAUUAAUGGCGUCGUCUUCGUCCAAAAGAAAAUCCAAAGUUCAUGAAUGUUCUAUAUGUCACCGGACUUUCUCGUCGGGACAAGCCUUAGGAGGACACAAGAGGUGUCAUUGGAUCACACCAAACGCACCAGCAUCGUCCACAUUGGCUAGGUUUCAGCAGUUUCAAGACCAUAUGGAGCGGUUGAAUCAAAUUCCCAAGUUUGAUAACUCGGAGCCACUUGAUCUGAAGCUCGACCUCAACCUUCCAGCUCCAGCCGGUGAUCCGGCACGGCGGGACUUGUCAACGGAAAUUUUCUUACAGCCAUGGUUAGGAGGAACGACGACAAAGGAGAAGGAUAAAAUUAAUAAUUCUAACAGUCAAUGUCACAGCCCAAGCAACCGCGAAUUACAGCACCAUCAGCACCAGCAUCACUAUGAAACUGAAAAUGACAACGAAGAAGAAAAAAUUAACAAUGACAGUAAUGUUUCGAUGGAGAAUGUUGAAGAUGAAGCUGACAGUAAGGUGAAGUUAGCGAAGCUAAGUGAGCUAAAGGACAUGAACAUAGGUGGGAGUUCUUCCCCAUGGUUGCAGGUAGGGAUUGGUUCAACCACUGGUGUGGGAGCUGAACCACAAUGAUGAAUUUUUUACACAGGACAAAACAAAAGCACAAAAGUGAAGAUCGAUCUCAAUAUCCAAUAAUCGGUUUGGAUUUUAUUUUUGUUAUUUUACCUUAUGUUGUGGACAGGGAAACUGUAAUUAAUUAUGACAAAAGUUACCAUGAUCAUAGAGUUUUGAUCUUAUACUUUAUACAUUUCUUUUCCUUA